AUGCCAAGAUCAUCAAUGCCAUCGUCGUCCCCCUCAUCAUCGCCCUCACGAAGUUCGAUGUUGAAGUCCGUAUCAAUGGGCUUCAGUAUGAUGAAUCUGGGAGGAUCAGCCAAGGAGACCGAGAAGCACAGCAGCAAGAAUUUUGUGUAUAAGAAUCGUCGCACUAGUCACAAGAAGACUCUGCCAAGAGCUACCUAUGGAGAGCUCAUCAUGGGCCAAGGAGAUCCAUUGGCACCUAGUCGUCGAGCUCUGGGAACCAAGCCAACAACACAGAGACUUGCAGAAGAUCAGGGAGAAGGACUCUUCAUUUCCAAGAGGCGAAAGUGA